AUGCUCUGUCGGCUCGGCCCUAUUGGGCGGGCCUUCGCUGUGUCCACACUUAAUCAAGAGACUUUUUUAAAGUACUCUACUAAUGUUGGUGAUGCUACUGAGGAAGAGAUGAAUGCUCUGGAAUUCACCUCUUCCUAUACUCUGGACGACUUAGGAAAUAUAUGGCUCGUUAGUGAAGAAUUACAGCUGACAUCGUCGGUGACGAGCACUACGUCUUUAACGCCACGUAUUUCGACGAGCGCCUUAAGCAAAUUCGUACGGACCCUGAACUUCUUCGGCAAGCGCAUACAGGCGAGAACCUAUAUACGAAGCGGACCUAGCAGAUGCUAA